AUGGCUCCUCCACCGGAGUAUGAUAAGGAACCGAAAGCCCCAGAUAAAAGUGUCACAAAUAUUACUACAGAUGACUCUAAAGUUUUAUACAACCUCGUAAAGGAACAACAAAACAAUUCGGACCAUAAGCCCUCGAAUUCUGCUGCUAACGCUGAUGUCGAGAACAAUAAACACGUCGGGGCUCUGGACGAUGGUCAGUUGCGCGCGCUACUUGACGAGGCAAUAGCCUAUAAACGUCCCAAAGAUCGUGAAGGCAAGAGCAGCCUUUUCAAGGAGUUGCUCGAGGAGGUGGAGCAGGACGAGCAGGCGUGCGAGGCGGCGGCGCGCGUGGUGACGGGGCCGCGGGGGGGGGCGCGCCGCCCGGGCCACGGCCGCCGCGCGCUGCCCCACUCCAACUCGCUGCAGGACCUGAUGGCGGCGGCCCUGGCGGCGGAGCCCCCCCGCCAGAGGGCGCACGCGCACCCGCCGCCGGCGAGCGUCUCCGCGCGCGCCCACCACGGCGGCAGCCUGCCCUCCGGCGUCGACACAUCGUCAAUGCUCGGCGAGGAGCCCACUCGGGGCGGCUACCUGGCCACCGUGCGCUGCGUCAACCCGCCGCCGCUUUCCGAGCGACGCGUCUCCGCCAGCGACACGAACGCCCCCCUCGACCACGACCACAACAGGCGGGGCAAGCAGUCGUUCCCGAUGACGUACACGGCGCGCGCCACCCUCGAGAUCGGCGGCAGCAGCGUGUGCACCGGCCGGGCGGUCACCACCACGACGCCGUCGAACCAGGUGCGUACCGCCGCCGCGGCGCCGCCCGCCGCCCGCCCGGCCCGCCAUAACGGGACUCUUCGUCGCCACCAGAUACCCGCCCACCAGAUAGCCGUCGCGGACGACGGCUCGCGCCCGAAACGGGAGACGUCCGUCGACCGCGACCGCCCGCCGCCAAAUGACCACACGCACGACCAUUACGCGUCGCAACGCAACAGCGCCGCGCUCAGAAGCGACGAGGUGUGGACAAAGAGCGUCGAGAGCUGGUAUGAAGGCUUGAACAAUUACUUUAUCCCUAGCGGCGCAUCGAGGAGCCGGAGCGGUGCGGGCCGCGUUCCGUGCGCGGCGCCGGUGAUGCGUAACCGCUCGGAUGUCAGUCGCUCUCGUAAUUUCGCCGGCGAAGAGUACGGGCUCGACGCAACAGAGCCUCUUGCAGACAUGAUGCAAAUUCGUAACGAACACAAGGCUGCUGUUGAAUCUGAACCGGAGUCCAUUGCAAUGAUGGAAGACUGGGAAAAGCAAAAAGUGAAAAAGGAAUCUGCAAGAAAUGUUAGCACCAAAGAUAGCCACACGAGGAGUAAAUUAAAUGUGAAAUCAAAGAAAUGCUUAGUCGUGCCAGCCUUGUCCGCGACCAAUCCCAAGAGUUUCAGAAACACGACGAUAGGUAGCAUAACAGAAGAUACACUUAACCGGCGAUUUUGUGAAAGCUUAAAUGAAUCCCACAAUGCUUCGGGCUAUAAAAAACGUGAAAAUGAAUUUAGAAAUGAUCUGAAUGCUUCAAUAGCAAAAUCCCAAACAGGCAUCGACAAUUGUGAAGAUCCCUCCAAAGGCCAGACUCUAAAAUCGAAACACUUUGUCGAGGAGUACGAAGGAAUCCCUCUUGCACCGACGGAAGCCAAAGACUCACGUGUCUACGAAAUGCUUGACAUUUCGAGAUCAAAUUUUUCCGAGUGUACGGACAGAAUAGAAAUGACCAAUAUAUCGUCCAAGGACUCCGGACGCAAAUGUUCAUUCUCAAAAUUUGUAGAUGAACAACAGAAACUGUUUGAGAAAUUGCAAGCUGGGCACGAAAUUGAUAAGGAAGUUCUGGACACAAAAGAAAGCGACGAGGACACCGGUAAAGUUAACAAUAAUAAACUGAGGAGCAAUACAAAUAAUAAUUUGCAUGAAACUAAUAAUGAGAAUUAUGGAAAAAUCAAAGAUUCUGAAUUGAAUAGAGCCGAGAAUGUCACAGUCGCAAGUGAAAUAGAAGAGCGGUUCGAUAAUCCUACCACUGCAACGUUACCAACUAAACGUCCGUCCCUUACUAACACACCGAUUGACGAUCCCAACUCGAAGGCAGUCCAGUUGAAAUAUCCGAAAACGGUCGUCAAGGGAGACGCGGACAGAAACGAACCGGACUCGUGCAAACGGUCGACACUCACGGUGCUUCUAUUGGAGAAUCUGUUCCGCGGGGCGGACAAGUUGUUUCCCGGCGUGAGAGUGCUAAGCGGGAGCGAGAUCGACUCGGCGAUACCGUUCAGCUGCAUCACAACACCGGAGGUUGUGGCCAGCUGCAACACCACGACGUCGACGGGCCAGCCUGCGACCGCCGUGGACCCCAAGCCGUUGCAGCCGGGCCCGGGCUACCGCGCCGUGUCGUGCCUGACCGGCGAGCAGCAGCCGCGCCGCGCCGCGCCGACGCCCGCCCCGCCGCCCGCACCGCCCGCCUCGCCCGCUCACCAACAGCCUCGCAGUGUUAUCUCGAGCAGCUUCAACGGGCUGCCGCUGACGAGGCCUGGCUACGGCUCCGGCGCCGCCGCCGCCUCUGUGUGCACCGCGGCCGCCGCGGGCACCGCCGCCGCCGACGAAUGCAAGAAAUCGCUGGACGAAAACGGCAACUCAGUGCAGGGAUUCAGCUCGCCACUGUCGGGAUCUAGUCAACAUAAGAAGCCGAGGCGGAAAAAGUCUUCGAAGAACGAGACCGUGAUCAAGUCACAGGAGAUCGACGGCUACCAGGGGAACAAGGAUCUCAACGAAGUGCUGCGCUUCAUCGAGUCGAACGCGGAGGGCGCGCGCGGCGCCAAGGCGGGCGGCGGCCGCGCCAAGCACAAGGACGACGCGGAGGACAAGGCGGCCAAGAAGCGCUCCACCGAGCGGCGCAAGGACGCGGCCAGGGGCAAGGUGAAGCGCGCCACCUCCAUGGAGGAGCUGUCGCGCACCAAGCUCGAGGACCUCACCGACAAGCCGGCCGCGCGCACCGAGCCCGCCAAGCCGGCCAAGCCCGAGCGCCGCUCGUGGGGCGACGACGCGCGCGAGCCCCGAGACGCCUUCUACCUGCAAGGCGCCGAGCCCAAGGAGCCCGCCGAGCCCGCCGAGCUCACCGACUUCCAGACCGUGACCAAGAAGCGCAAGCCGCGGCGGCGCCCCGACGAGCCGGAGCCGCCGCGGCGCGCGCCCCGCCCCGCGCCGCCCUCCGACCGCAGCAACGACUCCAACGACGACAUGGACUCUGUGCACUCGCUGCCGGCGGAGGGGCGCGCCGCCGCGCCGCCGCCGCCCGCGCACGCCUCCUACGCGGACAUCGCGCGCACCAGGCACAACAUCCCCGACCUCAUCGAGUCGUGCAACUACUACGCGGAGGGCGAGCCCGAGGGCGGCGGCGAGCGGGCGCGGCGCGACGCGGCGCCAGAGGCGGCGGCCGCGCCCGCGCCCGCCGACGGCGACUACCCGGCGCUGCUGGAGACGCGCGCUGCGCGGCGGCGCGACAAGGGCGCGGCGCGGCCGGCGCGCAAGGAGCGGCCCGCGCCCGACGUGGUGGCCGACCGCCGGCCGCCCGUCAUCCUGCUCGACUGCGCGUCGCGGCCGCGCGACAUGGACGGCGUCACGUUCGGCUUCGACAUCAACGAGCAGCUGGUGGGCGGCGCGCGGCGGCCGCGCUGCGACCUGGUGCGCGACGCGCUCGAGGGCGGCGGCGCCGCGCCCGUGUCCGUGCCGCUGGGCGGCGGCGCCGCGCUGCGUUACGUGCCGCCCGCGCACGCGCGCCACGACCAGCGCCACCUGCACCAGAUCGUCGACUACGUGGGCGCCGCUUGGGAGGACGUAGUGCGAUGCGGCAGCGGCAAGGUUCGCUACUUUAGUGAG